AACAACCUCCCCCUUUUCUUAAAUCCCCACCCCCAAUACACACACACACACACACACACAGAGGCUCGGGAUAUAAUUGAACACAUUGCAUUUUUUGGGUGGCUUUUUUGCGGUCUCUAUUUUUUUCCUUUUUUUUUUUGGAGGCGGGGAAGAAGGGGGGGGGGCGCCCGGAGCUGCUCCUGCAACUGCAGACCCGUUUUUUUUUUUUUUGUUCCUACAUGCCUUACCUAAAUAUAUAUUUGUAUUAAAAGCCAAGGGGGAAACUGCAUUUCCACAUCUCUCUCUAUGUUUUUUUUCCUCUCCCUCUUCUGCCUCCAUUGCAAAAGGAGGGGGUGAGAACGAGCUUUAACGGAGAGCCAUCAAUUUGCAAGUACCAUCUUCCUGUGACGGGAGGCUCCUAACAGGACACCUUCCACCCAUCAAUGCACUGCCAAUGGGUUAUAUCCUUCGUUGUGACCUCAUGGUUUAAGCGGGCAUAAAGAUGAGUAUAAGCAGUGAUGAGGUUAACUUCCUCGUAUAUAGAUACUUGCAAGAGUCCGGGUUCUCUCAUUCAGCAUUUACCUUUGGUAUCGAGAGCCAUAUCAGCCAGUCUAACAUCAACGGUGCCCUGGUACCCCCUGCUGCUUUGAUUUCCAUCAUCCAGAAAGGCUUGCAGUAUGUAGAGGCGGAAGUCAGUAUUAAUGAGGAUGGUACUUUGUUCGAUGGUAGGCCGAUAGAGUCCCUCUCGCUGAUAGACGCCGUGAUGCCCGAUGUGGUGCAGACGAGACAGCAGGCCUACAGGGACAAACUCGCCCAGCAACAGGCGGCGGCCGCUGCGGCGGCGGCUCCGACAAACCAGCAGGGGUCUGCGAAGAAUGGCGAAAACACUGCGAACGGCGAGGAAAAUGGAGCCCACACUCUAGCAAAUAAUCACACGGAUAUGAUGGAAGUAGAUGGCGACGUCGAAAUCCCUUCUAACAAAGCAGUGGUGUUGCGUGGCCACGAAUCAGAAGUAUUCAUCUGUGCGUGGAACCCUGUUUGCGACCUCCUGGCCUCUGGAUCGGGAGAUUCAACGGCAAGAAUAUGGAACCUUAGUGAAAACAGUACCAGUGGAUCCACACAGCUGGUCCUUCGGCACUGUAUACGAGAAGGGGGCCAAGAUGUACCGAGCAACAAAGACGUGACUUCCCUAGAUUGGAAUAGCGAAGGUACGCUUCUAGCAACAGGGUCAUACGAUGGAUUUGCAAGGAUAUGGACUAAAGAUGGUAAUCUCGCCAGCACGUUAGGGCAACAUAAAGGUCCCAUAUUCGCAUUAAAAUGGAACAAAAAGGGCAACUUCAUAUUGAGCGCAGGCGUGGACAAGACCACAAUUAUUUGGGAUGCACAUACUGGAGAAGCCAAACAGCAGUUUCCUUUCCAUUCUGCACCAGCGUUAGAUGUUGACUGGCAGAGCAACAACACAUUCGCCUCCUGUAGCACAGAUAUGUGUAUUCACGUCUGUAAACUAGGCCAAGAUAAGCCCAUCAAAACCUUCCAGGGCCACACCAAUGAAGUUAACGCAAUCAAAUGGGAUCCCACUGGUAAUCUUCUGGCAUCUUGUUCCGAUGACAUGACUUUAAAGAUCUGGAGUAUGAAACAAGAUAGUUGUGUCCACGAUCUACAAGCACACAACAAAGAAAUUUAUACUAUCAAAUGGAGUCCUACGGGGCCAGGAACAAACAACCCAAAUGCCAAUCUUAUGUUAGCAAGUGCAUCUUUCGAUUCUACAGUUCGGUUAUGGGAUGUAGACAGAGGGAUCUGCAUCCACACCUUGACGAAACACCAAGAACCUGUGUACAGUGUAGCUUUCAGUCCUGACGGCAGGUAUCUGGCCAGUGGCUCUUUCGACAAAUGUGUACACAUCUGGAAUACACAGACGGGUGCUCUAGUGCAUAGUUAUCGGGGAACAGGAGGCAUUUUUGAGGUUUGCUGGAAUGCAGGAGGAGACAAAGUUGGAGCGAGUGCUUCAGAUGGUUCAGUUUGUGUACUAGACCUACGGAAAUAGCGCUAUUAGUUGGAAGCCAUGGACCGACUAUGAAUGUGUACAUAGCCAAAAUGACUGUCCCCUUGACCCAUGUACUGCUAUAGUCCCAAUUGAACCAUGGCCAGUUCCACUACAGCCAAACCCGAGAAAGAAUUAUAUACAUAUACUGUGUAUUAAAAAAAAAAAGCGAAAACAGACAAGACACACGGCAAACGAUUAACACCCUGAAGAAGACGACAAGAGGUUGUUGGGUUCUUUUGUUUUUUCGUUUUUUCACAGCUUGUGAAGCCUGUUCACCAAGUGCUGGAAUCUGCUGUGCCCCCACCCCACCCCACCCAAAAUAACAUGUGAGCAUCUUUGGAAAUGGAAAAACAAAAAACUAAACAAAACAGGAAGAGAAAGAGAGAGAGAGAGAUGUAACCGUAGAGGAGCAGCUCAUUGUGUGUACCAAAUUGGGGAAAGUUUCAGGUGGCUGCCUCCCUCCUUCCCUCCCCCCCUCCUUCUGCAUCCCCUCCCUUCUUCAAGGUUUUAAAAAAUGGAAUUCCCCUAUCCCUCCACCCCACCUUUCUUCUUUGGCUUCCUUUCUUCGUAGCGGACGAGCAGUUUUUGUGUACCUUGCCUUUUAACACCCCCUACCCCCUUAUUUUUGCUCAGAAUUGGGGAGGGUGUGUGUGUGUAACGUUUUGCAGCCGUCCUUUCCGAAUGUGUUAUUUUAAAGGUGUAGGGACAUCUCGAAGGCGUUGUGGUUCCCUGUCCACAGCUUAGGCAGGGAGGCAAGGAAGCGCAAAGCAGAACCUCUCGGAACAUUGUAAGUUUGACAUUCCUUUACAUCGACGUAAGAUCCAUUACUCAUGGGCUCACAGGCCAGGGGGCUGGGGUGGCUCGGCCUUUAGGUAUAAGUAUAUCUGUAAAAGUGUGUUCCAAAAAGCAGUCGUCCCUUACUUGAGACAUUUCAGGCAAACAUCAAAGGGUACAUUAUUUUGUUUUUGUGUGUUUUAAUUAAGAAAGUGCAGGGGUGUGUUUAUACACACACAUCGACACUCUGGUGUUUGGAACACAUGCCCACAAUGGAGGGAUCAGGGUUGUGCCAUUUGCUCCCACCUGAAGUUUGUGUGUUACGUUUUAUAUUUGCAUAGGGACCUGCACACACAGACACAGCCGUGGUGUAUCUGCAAGGAGUGGCUCUGGAUUGCACCAGUCCUGGUUCCACCAAGGCAUGGACAUUCCAAAACAUCAGCACAGGACUAAUUCAACUUUUGCUUUAGCUGUAGCUUGGCAGUUUCUUUGAACCCAUUGCUAUAGUCUUAGAGCCCCAACUGCGCAACUGCUGCGAAAGAAGGAAAGAAACGUGAGGGGAAACGGAUCGUUUGGUUUGCGCUCAAAUUCACCUGGGCGAGGUUUUUUUCUGCUACAACAUCCGGGGGACUCUUCGCCUGUUCCUUCUCAGAUGUCUAGUGUCACCAAAGUCCAAAUUAAUUUAAAGUAUUUUGAGUUUGGGGUGGGUGAGUAGGUGCCCGACACAAGACACAUGCACACACUUUUUUCCCUUUUUAAAUUUUUAUUUUUAUUAUUAAAAAAUUCAGAAAUGUAUUUGCCACCUCAUUGCUAAUACUGGGACGAGGUAAGCAGUUUGCUUGCUUACGGAAGCGUCCUACUGGACAUGUUUUGUCCAUCCAAAAUGUGUCAGAGAGCAGUUUUUACGCCUGUGCCGAACCAGUCUUGGCACUGGCAAAAGUUCAAAACGAAUCGUGGCCCCUUUUUAGAUCUGAAAGGAAACGGCAGGGGGGAGGAAGGGGGGGGAAAUCUGAGAAUUGUUUCAUGAUUUAUUUCAAGAUGAAUUUGACUUCUAUCAGAAGCGUGGCUCUUGCCCUGCUGCUCCCAUUCCAUAAUUUCCAUAUUCCAUCCCCCCCCCCAAUCCCCCACAAAAUCCAGCGCAAAAAUACGACCACCACCAAUAGUGGUGUUUCUUAUCUCAAACGUUGCUUUUCCAUUCCUUGCAGCGAGAGGUGGCCGUGGCAGAACUGCUCUCCGCUCACAUAUUUGAGUAUAGCAAAAACCCCAGUAGCAUCAGCGCCCCUGCUUUGUGAAAAAAGUGGUGUGAAAGCAGAUUUUCCUCCAGUACUGCUGAUGCGCAGUGUUUUCAUGCAAUUCCCCGCCCCUUUUCAAAGCGAAUUUCCCCCUCCUCUCUCUGGAGUCCGCUUCAACCGGCCCAAUCUCUCUGCCGCUUGCCCCUCGAUAACAAAGCCCUAGACAGAAACCUGCAGAUCUGGACUACAGCUCCCAUCAUUCAUAACCGUUAGCCGUGCUUGUUGGGGGCUGAUGGGAGUUGGAGUCCCAGCAGCAUCCGGACAGCCACAGGUUCCCCCACUUUUGCUUUAUAUAGCUCGUUGCAGAUUGAUCCUAACGCAGAAAAGGCAGCUUUUGGUCUCUUCUUUUUAGCCGAUGGCGUUUUGGGCUUUUUAGCAUUGAUUUCUGUGCACACGAAACCAUGUUUUGAGGCAGUUGGGAGUCCAGCUCAGCCUUACACGGCAUGGCAACCAUUUUAGCCUACUUUUAAUACACACAAACACAUCAGUUACUACUAAUGGGGGAGUUGCUACCUUAACGCGAAACAAGCAAAAGGAAGAUUUAUACCCACAAGGGCAGUCAGUCAUCUGAUACGGCUCUCUACCAGCUGUUUGUAUGGUUUGGGAAUAGGCUCAAGAUGUUCAGAACAAUUUCCCUGUGAAUUUUGAUAUGUAAGAAACUCUUAACCUGUUGAAUAUCUGGCACUUGGAACAUUUUUUUUUUGUGCUUUUUAUUGCUGGAGGUCCAGGACUGUUGCUGACCUCUCAUUAUUCAAAUAAUUUUUAAAAAAAAGUUUUAAAAAAUGUAAAAUGAAAUAAAAUAAAAAAUCUGUGCAAUAAUU